UCCAUACCCGUCUCCCGGCGUGUCCCUGCAGAGCCGGCCACGGGAUGUGGAGCUGGCCCCGCUCCGAAGGCCACCCGGACGUGGGCCCCAUCUACGUGCGGGAGAACGGGCGGCUGCACGUGGUGAGCGCGGGCGCCGAGGGCCGUGCCGUGGCCAGGGCCUUCUCCGUGGAGCYCCGCGUGAGCGGCGAGGACGGCGGCGCCCGGAGCCGGAGCACCGACCACUUCAUCUUCACCUACACCAGGGAGGGCAGCCUGYGCUACUCCGCCAAGUCCCUCUUCAGCCUCGCGCUGGGCUACGUUUCCGACAACGUGGAGCGCGUGGAAUCGCUCGCUGGCUUCCCGGAGCAGGUCGCCGAGAGGCUCUUCUCGGCGGCGGAGGCGCGGCAGAAGUUCACGGAGCCGGGCGCGGGACUGCGGGCGCUGCACAAGUUCACGGCCGCCUACGGGAGCCUGGUGCUGCGCUCGCUGUGCCUGCGGAACAGAUCCUUGGUUAUCUCUGAGAAGCUAGAAGAAAUUAAGUCUUUCCGGGAGCUGACGUGUUUGGAUCUUUCCUGUUGCAAACUUGGAGAUGAGCACGAACUGCUGGAACAUCUCACUAAAGAAGCUCUGUCUAGUGUAAAAAGGCUUCUCCUGAAAGACAACUGUUUAUCAGACGCUGGCCUUCGCAGAAUGACAGCACCCGUACGAGUACUGAAGAAGGGACUUGAGAAUCUUUUGAUACUAGAUUUAUCUUGUAACCCUAAUAUCACAGAUGUGGGAAUUGGAUACCUCCUUUCUUUCAAGAAGUUGAAUUGUUUGGAUAUUUCAGGCGCAGGUCUCAAGGAUGUUAAUGCAGUCAUUCAGCGGCUCCAGAUGCGCCUAGGCCUCGUUCACUCAAAAGUGCCUCUGAAAGAAUUUGACCACAGCAACUGCAGAACAGAGGGGUGGGCAGAGCAGACUGUUUUGCAGUGGGAGCAGGCAAUUAUGGAGGCCAUGAAGCAACAAGAACAUCUGAGAUCCAGCACAGCAGCUCUGCGCUUCUAUGGCAAGACGCACAGAAUACAGGAAGUAAUCAAAUGCAAGUUGAUGGAGACAGAAACAAAAGCUUCUGGAAGCUUGCAGUUUUAUAAGRAAGAAAACCAAAACUGCCCUUUACCUCUGAAAAGGGAGACUGCAGACAGCCGUGAAUUAAGGAACAAUAAAAAAAGAGUUUUGGCUGAACAGGAGAGAGAAAGGACUUMCAAACAGAAGCAUCUGUGCCUCACUGUGGAGGACUGGGAUUUGUUGAAUACCUACUGACUCAGAAAGGAGUGGGUCUUUGAUAGUUUUCUUGCUAAUGACAGAAUACUGAGAGGGAGUGACAAAGGGCACCAGGACUGUUCAAUCUGGUUGCUGUGAUUCAGUGGUGAGUUGCUUUUGCUUGGGGAGAGUAGAGCUAAAGUCAAAGAGAAGGAUAAUAA